AUGGCCACUUAUCUUCAGUAAGUACACAAGUUGUGUAAACAAGUCAGUUACAUUUUUCAUAUUUUGUUGUGUUAUGGAUGGACACCAUUCGUAAUAUCACACUAUUGCUGCUUUUUACAUGUAUUGUAACAGGGCAAGUGUUGCAACAACAAUGCCAUCUCUUGUCAAAUUUUGAAUUCUGGAACAAAACUUGUUGUAGUAUCUCUUUGCUUUCUAUUGUUGAUGAUUAACCUUAACUGAUUGCCGAAAAUCCGGCACAGCUUUAGAUGCCCAUGUAAAAAAUUGAAUAUGCUUGCAUGGUUGUAAACUAAAUCGGUGUGAUUAUUAAAUUAUCUUUUUGUAGGAACCACCAUCAUCACAUGAAAAAAAAACUUGAACAAGAAGUGACAACAUUAAAGGAAUCAAAUGAAGAUUUAAAAUUUCAACUUCAGAAACUGCAAAUGGUAGUUGAUAACUUGAAAGGUAAUUACAUAGCCUGUGAGUAUGUAUAUGGAUAUGACAAGUUUUGAAAUACCAGAACAGCAGGACCUUGGCAGCUUGGCUGCCCAAUAUACACUAUAUACAUCAUUAGGUGGUUACUUCUAGUUGUUAUAGUACCAUUGGCUUGACUCUAGGACAGAUAACAUCCUCGUUGUGUCAACCAAACACAUGUGCUAAUAUUUUAGUUAGAGGCACUUCUAUAUCACACUCCAGCAUCCCAUUCAGAUGAUAACAUGCUUACCCUAUAUUAAUUAUUAAAUUAAUUGAAUUUUAUAGGUUUACCCAGUAUUAUUGAACAAUUGAAAGACACUGUUGACAAGUCUAAGACAGAGGUGACCAAGAAUGCCUCCUUGCAGAAGACACCAAGAGCAUCCACGCCCAAGAACACCUCAUCUCAAGUUGUGCCAUUUGUUUCCUCCAAAAGCACAUCAAAAAUAUGUACAACCUUGUUCGAUCAAACGUCUUCCCCUUCAUCAUCACCAAGUAUUAGUGAAGAAUGUGGACAUGACAGUGCAACAGUAAGUUACAUUAAUUUUUUAUGUAAUCUGGUGUUAUGCACUCAGGUGUAGAUACUGGAUAUGUUUGUAUGUUGUUACUUGAUUCCCACCGCGGUCAAGCUGAUUUUUCAACUUGCCCGGUGUCGACUCAGUAACAACAUCACAAACAGUAAGUUACAAUAUCAAUUAGUGACUAAUCAAACAGUUAGCCAGAAUUUUUUAUCAGUUCACUGUCUGACCAUAGAAUGUUACGGCCAGUUGUCUUAUUGUCGUGGUUUUUAAAACCAACAUAUUUUGCAAAUACUCACUUGACAUCUAAUCUACCUUUUUAUUUCCAUUAAUUUUUGCUAAACAAAAAUUUCUGCACAAAACAUAUUACAGUUGCAGAUGCCAUGUUUGAUUUUAAGUCUGCCAGGUUUUGCAUCUGUUUUAAAUUUGUCUCGACUUCUGAUUGGUCAUAAUAAGAGUUAUUUUUCUUAUCAUUGGAUAAGACUGGAUCAGUGUAGAGAGCCAGAUUUGUUAAAGUCCAUUACAUGUAAUUGGUUGAUACUUAUUGGCAAAUAGAUUAGGAACUUACAAGUAUUAAUUUCCAUUGUUCUUGUUCCGCAAACAGUUUACUGGCUAUUUGUAAAUUAUAUAAGCUAGCUGAUGUGUAGCUAAAUUGCCGAUUUAUUCAUUUUGUAAUUUAGAUUGAGAUUCAUCCUGCAAUCCAGAUUCUGCCAUCACAGAAAAAAUUGUUGGAUGCCAUGGCUGACCCAAAGACUUACAUCUACUCUAUCAUGGAAAUGUUGUGGUCCCGGAGUGUUUUAGCAACACAUUCCAUGACUGGAAAGGUGUCAAAUGCACAUAAGGACAAGGACGCAAAACCUUGCCUUGAUCAAGUAAAGGUCGUAGCACUAUGUGGUAAGUUGAAUUUGGCUUUUUUUCAAUAG